UUUGGGAUCGAAAGCUUUUUGAUCUUUCGAAUGAAUGACUCCAUAUCCUACUAAACGUGUCAAAACCUUAGCCGAACAUACUGGCGCUGUUCACUAUGUUACCUAUAACAAGACCGGGCAAUACUGUUUAUCUGGAAGCCGGGACCGUAGCAUCAUGCUAUGGAAUGCAAGUACAGGAGCCCGAAUUCAAACUUACAGUGCCCAUGGUCGUGAUGUUUUAGGAAUUUCUGUAACGGCAGAUAACUCUCGCUUUGCAAGCUGCGGUAAUGACAGAACUGUGUUCUGCUGGGACGUGUCGACUGGAAGUGUCAUUCGUAGAUAUGCUGGCCACUACGAAUCAGUUAAUUGUGUAGGCUUUAAUGAUGACGGAACUGUUCUUGCAAGUGGCUCUUUUGAUACCACAGUACGACUCUGGGACUGCAGAUCGCAAAACACCAGCCCAAUUCAAAUUUUAGAAGACUGCAAAGACAGCGUCAUGUCAUUGCUAAUUCGCGGAGCAGAAUUAAUAGUAGGCUCGGCUGAUGGACGCCUACGCAACUAUGAUAUACGGAUGGGGCAGUUGCAAGAAGACUACAUUGGAGCCGCUAUCACUUCAGUCAGAAUGUCUAAGGAUCGAAACUGUAUUCUAGUCAGCACUACUGAUGACACCAUUCGGUUAAUGGAUAAAGCGAACGGCACCCUCUUGAAUGAAUUCAAAGGACAUCAGCAUACAGAGUACAAAUUGCAAUCAGCGUUUUCCAAUGAUGAUGCAUAUGUGCUUAGCGGAUCCGAGGACAACAAAUUGUAUAUAUGGGAUUUAUUAGAGGGUAAUCAAGUUGAGGCGUUGGAAGGUCACAAGGGAAUUGUCACUUCUAUCGAUUACCAUCCGACCGAAACCGCCAUGAUAUCCGGUAGCGUGGAUGGCUCAAUUAUGAUAUGGGAAUAGAUAAAGCCGUUGUAUGUUUUGAAAAGGAAGAGGUACAUUUAUUCUGCAAA